AUGGCUCAAGCCUACCGCGAUGCGCUAGAUCGCACCGUCCACGACCUCAAGUCAAGACGCGAUGAGAAGAGACUGAGCGCGGCCGAGAGUCUCCUCCACGAAGUCGAAGCGGCACACAGAGAACUGUCGUCUACCCAAUUCACUCCCUACUACGUCGAUGUCAACAAACGCAUCGCCGACCUCAUCCAGAAUGGCACCGACACACACGAACGCAUCGGAGGACUCUACGCCCUCUCGCAACUCAUCGACUUCAAGGGCGACGAUGCCGCUCAGAAGACGACGCGCUUCCACACGGUCCUCCGCAAGGUCAUGACGGGCAACGACACGGCCGCCAUGGUCGUCGCCGCAAAGACCCUCGGUCACCUCGUCUCUCCAGGAGGAACCCUCACCGCCGAACUCGUCGACGCCGAAGUCAAGGUCGCCCUCGAAUGGCUCCAGAUUGAGCGCAACGAAAACCGCCGCUUCUCGGCCGUCCUGAACCUGUACGAGCUUGCAAAGAGCUCGCCCACCCUCCUGCACGUAUGGAUCCCCGACAUCUUCGAAGUCGUCUGGGUUGCCCUCCGCGACCCUAAGGUCAUGAUCCGCGAAUCCGCCGCCAACACCAUCAGCCAGUGUUUCGAAAUCCUCAUGGCCAGAGACCCACAGGCUCGCCAGAAGUGGUUGACAAGGACAUACGAAGAGAUAGACAAGGGCUUCCAACACAACACCGUCGAGGCCAUUCACGGCUCGCUGCUCGCUCUCAAGGAGCUACUGCAAAAGGGAGGCAUGUUCAUGCACGGUCCACGCUACAAGGAAGCCUGCGAGCGCAUUCUGUCAUACCGCGAACACCGCGAUCCGCUGAUCCGUCGUGAGGUCAUCUACAUCAUCCCCAUCCUGGCAAGAUACGCCCCGAAAGAGUUCUGCAAUGGCUACAUCCACCGCUCCAUGUCACAUCUCCAAGGCCUCCUCAAAUCUCCCAAAGAUCGCAACUUGUCCUUCAUCGCCAUCGGAAACGUCGCCAACGCUGUCGGCAGUCAGAUUGCUCCCUACCUGGACAACAUCCUCCUUCACAUUCGCGAAGCUCUCAGUGUAAAAGCACGCAUCAAGAACACCGAUGAAGCCCCGAUCUUCAAGUGUAUCAGCAUGAUCUCCAUCGCUGUCGGCCAGACACUGAGCAAGUACAUGGAAGCUCUCUUAGACCCCAUCUUUGCCUGUGGUCUGAGUGAUGCUCUCACACAAGCACUUGUCGACAUGGCACACUACAUCCCUCCCGUCAAGCCCAUCAUCCAGGAAAAGCUCCUCGACCUGCUGAGCAUUACUCUCUGCGGCAAGUCUUUCGUCCUGCCGGGCCACCCUAGUCAUAGUACACCUCUUCCUCGCAUCUUUACCCGAGAAAUCAGAGAUCAACAGGACCCUCAACACCUCGAAAACAAGGGACAGCAGAUUGCCCUGGCCCUCUACACUCUGGGCAGCUUCGACUUCUCCGGCCAUGUACUCAACGAAUUCGUUAGAGACGUUGCUAUUCGCUACGUUGAAGAUGAUGAUGCUGAGAUCCGCAAAGCUGCAGCUCUGACCUGCUGCCAACUAUUUGUCAGAGAUCCAAUCGUCUACCAGACCAGCCACUACUCAAUACAAGUCGUCAGCGAUGUUAUCGAAAAGCUUCUGACCGUCGGAGUCGCCGAUGCUGAGGCCGAAAUUCGCAGGACAGUACUGGCCUCACUCGACGCACGAUUCGAUCGCCAUCUCGCAAAGGCGGAAAACGUCCGCACCCUUUUCCUUGCUCUGAACGACGAAAUUUUUGGCAUCAGAGAAGCUGCCAUGACGAUUAUUGGUCGUCUGACUGCCGUCAACCCAGCAUACAUUUUCCCCUCACUCCGCAAAGUUUUGAUUCAACUUCUCACAGAGAUUGAAUACUCCAACAAUGUCCGUAACAAGGAGGAGAGUGCAAGACUGAUCAGCCAUCUUGUUGGAGCUUCAUCCAAACUGAUCAAGCCGUAUGUUGAUCCCAUGAUCACUGUACUCCUACCCAAAGCUCAAGAUCCCAAUCCUGACGUGGCAUCUGCCACUUUGAAGGCCAUUGGUGACCUGGCGACUGUGGGUGGCGACGAGAUGGUCAAGUAUGUCCCAGAGUUGAUGAAGGUUAUCAUCGAGAGUCUUCAGGAUUUGAGCUCUGCAAGCAAACGCCGAGCGGCCCUGAGGACGCUUGGACAACUCGCCAGCAAUUCAGGCUACGUGAUUGAUCCAUACAUCGAACAUCCUGAACUUCUGUCAAUCCUGGUUCAGGUGGUCAAGAACGAGCCUCCAGGUGAAUUGCGCAAGGAGACCAUCCGACUGAUGGGUAUCCUUGGCGCUCUGGACCCAUACAGACAUCAGGUCAUGGAACAGUCUUCCGAGAAUCAGCUCGUCGCAGACUCGCAGACUGUCACUGAUGUCGGACUGAUUAUGCAAGGAACCACACCUUCAAACGAAGAGUACUACCCUACAAUUGUCAUCAACACUCUUCUAGAUUUGCUCAAGGAGCCUACACUGGCGCAACACCAUGCCGCCGUGGUCGAGGCUGUGAUGAGCAUCUACAGGACCAUGCGCCUGAAGUGUGUCAACUUCCUUGGCCUGGUGGUCCCAGGCAUCCUUCUUGUCAUUCGCACGUCACACCAGAAUAACAUUGAGAAGUACUUCAACAACCUCAGCGAGCUUGUGGAGAUCGUCCGUCAACACAUUAGACCUUAUCUACCCGAGAUCCUCGCAACAGUACAAGACUUCUGGGCAGACAAUUCACCCUAUCAGGCGACGAUGCUUGCCCUUAUCGAGUCUAUUGCUCAGUCCCUCGAGGGCGAAUUCAAAAUCUACCUUGCAAACGUACUGCCACUCAUGUUGGGCGUCCUGGACCAUGAUAUCACUCCGAGACGUCUUCCUUCAGAACGAGUAUUGCACGCUUUCCUCAUCUUUGGUUCGAGUGCUGAAGAGUACAUGCAUCUGAUCAUUCCCGUCAUCGUUCGCAUGUUCGAGAAGCCAGGUCAACCUACUCACAUCCGCAAGCUCGCCAUCGAGACUAUCGGUAAGCUCUCAAGACACGUCAACAUCUCCGAGUUCGCUGCAAAGAUUAUCCACCCUCUCUCGCGAGUCUUGGGCGGCUCCGAGACUGGACUGAAGCAGACUGCCCUCGACACACUUUGUGCCCUCAUCUUCCAGCUUGGUCCCGACUACAUCCACUUCAUCCCAACUGUGAACAAAAUUCUUAUCAUGCACAAGGUCCCUCACACAAAUUAUGCUUUGAUUGUCAGCAAGCUGCAAAAAGGUGAGCCUUUGCCGCAAGAUCUAAGUCCAGACGAGCGAUACAAAACUUCUGCUUCGGAAGAGGUACAAAGAGGUGUCGACAAUCGCAAGCUCGCUGUCAACCAGCAGCAUCUCAAGAUUGCUUGGGCGGCAAACGCAAAAUCGACCAAAGAGGAUUGGCAAGAAUGGAUGAGACGUUUCAGUCUUGAGUUGCUCAAGGAGUCGCCACAAAACGCCCUCAGAUCAUGCUCGCAACUGGCCAGUUCCUAUCCCCCUCUUGCAAGACAGCUGUUCAACUCUGCCUUUGUGUCGUGUUGGACAGAAUUGUACGACCAUUAUCAGGAGUCUUUGGUCCGUUCAAUCGAGACCGCUCUUACCUCACCGCACAUCCCGCCUGAGAUCUUGCAAGUCUUACUCAACUUAGCAGAAUUCAUGGAGCACGAUGACAAGGCUUUACCCAUCGAUGUCCGUACUCUUGGUAUGUAUGCUGGCAAGUGUCAUGCUUUCGCAAAGGCAUUGCAUUACAAAGAACUGGAGUUCAAUGCCGAGCAAAAUGCGAGCAACGUUGAGGCUCUGAUCAGUAUCAACAACCAGCUCCAGCAGACUGAUGCCGCCUUCGGUAUCUUGCGUAAGGCGCAGGGUUACGUGGACGUCCAGAUGAAGGAGACAUGGUUUGAGAAACUGCAGCGCUGGGAAGAAGCUCUUACUGCAUACCAACGCCGUGAGCGUGACGAACCGGACUCAUUCGAGGUCAUCAUGGGUAAGAUGCGCUGUCUUCAUGCCCUUGGUGAGUGGGAAGUACUUUCCUCACUUGCACAAGAGAAAUGGAUGCAUGCCUCGUCAGAAAAUCGCAAGUCUAUCGCCGCUCUGGCCGCUGCCGCUGCUUGGGGAAUGGGCCAAUGGGAGCUCAUGGACGGAUAUUUGUCUGUCAUGAAGCUGCACUCACCCGAUCGAUCGUUCUUCGGUGCCAUUCUCUCCAUUCAUCGCAACCAAUUCGACGACGCGCAACUGCACAUCAAUAAGGCCAGAGAGGGUCUGGACACAGAACUGAGUGCACUUCUUGGCGAGUCGUACACACGUGCAUACAGUGUGAUUGUACGUGUACAGAUGCUUGCGGAGCUGGAAGAAAUCAUUGCAUACAAGCAGAGCUCAAGCGACCCUCACAAGCAGGAACGUAUGCGUCUCACUUGGACCAAACGUCUCAAGGGAUGCCAAAAGAACGUCGAAGUCUGGCAGCGUAUGCUCAAAGUUCGUGCCUUGGUCAUCUCACCACCAGAGAACGCCGAGAUGUACAUCAAAUUUGCAAGCAUUUGCCGUAAAGCACAAAGGAACGGCUUGGCCGAGAAGUCACUGAACUCUCUGCUUGGCUGGCAAGGUAGUCUUAUGACCCCUGAAGGUCAAGAGCGUACUCUUCAGGCACCCUACCCUGUACAAUACGCCGUCUACAAGUACAUGUGGUCGAAUGGGUACUCUUCGGGUGCUUUGACUGGUCUCAGAGACUUCACCGAAAGACUGCGUAUCGAUCACGAGCAGAGAACACUAGCAGUUACGAAUCCUGGCGCUAACGGUAUGAAUGGCAUGAACGGUACAAACGGUGUCAAUGGCACACAAUUUCCAGCAGCUGGAGUCAGCCCUCAAAUUUCCGAAAAGGAUGUGGCUCAACUUGCGGACUGGCAGAAACUACUUGCUAGAUGCUACCUUAAGCAAGGUGACUGGCUUACUCUGCAAAUGCGUGGCGAAUGGGACGCUCACCGAGUACAUGAGAUAAGAUCUUCUUACAAGGCAGCGACCCACUAUAACCAAGACUGGUACAAGGCAUGGCAUGCUUGGGCUUUGGCCAACUUUGAAGUCGUCACCGCACUCACAGCGAACAAGGACAGAGGAGAAGCCGACGGCAUGCAACGAAGAUACAUUCAUGACUAUGUCGUUCCUGCCAUACAGGGUUUCUUCAAAUCGAUCGCACUAUCAUCCUCUAGUUCAUUGCAAGACACUCUACGUCUCUUGACGUUGUGGUUCAAUCAUGGCGAGCACCAGGAAGUCACUUCGGCAGUCACCCAAGGUGUCACCACUGUCAGCGUUGAUACAUGGCUCGAAGUCAUCCCUCAAUUGAUUGCACGUAUCAAUCAACCCAACAGACUCGUGAAAGAAUCGAUCCACCAUUUGUUGUGCGAAGUUGGACGAGCUCACCCUCAAGCCCUCGUAUACCCUUUGACGGUCUCCAUCAAGUCAGAGGAUAGGGACCGUUCAAAGGCUGCAAAGAAUAUUAUGACUGCCAUGGAGCAGCACAGCCCGAACCUUUGCAGACAAGCAGAUGUGGUCAGUCACGAGUUGAUCCGUAUUGCCGUGCUUUGGCAUGAGCAAUGGCAUGAGGGUCUUGAAGAAGCAUCAAGAUUGUACUUUGGUGACCACGAUAUCGAUGGUAUGCUUCGUACUCUUGAGCCACUUCACCGCAUGCUUGACGAGGGCCCUGAAACUUUGAGAGAAAUAUCAUUCAUUCAGAGCUUCGGACGUGAUCUUGCAGAAGCCAGAGACUGGUGCAACAACUUCAAGCGUACGAACGAAGUUGGUGACCUCAACCAAGCUUGGGAUCUUUACUACGGCGUGUUCAAGAGGAUCGCUAGACAAUUACCACAGCUUGCCAAUCUCGAGCUGCAGUAUGUGUCGCCCAAGCUCAAGAACGUCCAUGAUCUCGAGCUUGCUCUGCCUGGAACAUAUAAGAGUGGCAAGGAGAUCAUCCGCAUUCUCUCGUUCGAUCCCUCGUCGACAGUCAUUCAAUCCAAGCAACGACCAAGGAAACUUACCCUGACUGGCAGCGACGGUGGCACCUACCAAUACUUACUCAAGGGCCACGAAGAUAUUCGCCAAGACGAGCGUGUCAUGCAACUGUUCGGCCUGGUCAACACUUUGCUAUCGCAUGAUCCAGAGUCACUGAAGCGUCACCUGAAUAUCCAACGCUACGCAGCCAUUCCUCUUUCGACACAAUCAGGUCUUCUUGGGUGGGUGCCUAAUAGCGAUACUCUCCAUGUCCUCAUACGAGACUACCGUGAGAGUCGUAAGAUCCUCCUCAACAUUGAACAUCGUAUCAUGCUCCAGAUGGCACCCGACUAUGACAAUCUCACCCUCAUGCAGAAGGUCGAAGUCUUUGGCUAUGCUCUAGAUAACACCACCGGCCAGGAUCUUUAUCGCGUCCUGUGGUUGAAGAGUAAGAGUUCGGAAGCAUGGCUUGAGCGUCGCACAAACUACACCCGCUCUCUUGCCGUCAUGUCCAUGGUCGGCUACAUUCUCGGUCUCGGCGAUCGUCAUCCUUCCAACCUCAUGCUCGACCGCAACACCGGCAAAAUCAUCCAUAUCGAUUUCGGUGACUGUUUCGAAGUCGCCAUGCACCGCGAGAAAUACCCCGAACGUGUGCCCUUCCGUCUUACCCGUAUGCUCACUUUCGCAAUGGAGGUGUCUAAUAUCGAGGGAAGCUUCCGCACUACCUGCGAGCAUACUAUGCGUGUCCUUCGCGAGAACAAAGAGUCACUCAUCGCCGUGCUCGAAGCCUUUAUCCAUGACCCUCUUCUCACAUGGCGCCUUGGCAACAAAAACUCACCACCCGAGCCUUCUUUCCCAUCUGAGCGUCGCACAUCCAUCAUUGGUGAACUUGACUCUGCACCGAGAAGUACACCCGGAGGACGUAAGCGUUCACCCCCCGGCGGCGAAGAAAUCCCCACCGAAGGCAAAGAAGUGCAGAAUGCUAGAGCAUUGCAGGUUCUUGCUCGCGUCAAGGAAAAGCUCACGGGUCGGGAUUUCAAAAAGGAUGUCGAAUUGGCUAUUGAGGAGCAAGUUGAGAAAUUGCUUUCCGAGGCUACGAACCUGGAGAAUUUGUGUCAGCAUUAUGGUGGUUGGUGCAGUUUCUGGUAG